GACAUGUCACAGGACCACUUGACACCUCGCGCUCACGGAGCAGCAGCGAUGCUCCUCUGUGGGCUGGCGGAGUGACGCGCCAGUAGGAUGAGAUAAAGAGGCAGCGGCAGUCGAGAGCGAGGAACAGCGGAGCGGAGACGCGUCCCGACACCACACUGCACCCGCACCCGCCGUGCCCGCUCAGCUCAGCCUCCUCUCUGAGCUUCACAUCGCGGAGGAACAUGCUGCCGCUCCGUCCGGCUCAUUCACCGUAAAGCUCCGCGGCUUCCACGACCUGAAGCUCCGGCAGGACCUCCGAGUGUAGAGGGAGAAUUUAAAGAAGAGCUAUUAUUGAAGACCUGUUGGAUUCCGUGUCGCAGCCAUGGGCAGCAAGACUCUGCCAGCACCAGUCCCUCUCCACCCGUCCCUCCAGCUUGCUAACUACGCCCUCCUCCAGAGCUCCACAGGCCUCCAGCUGCCAGCAGAUCAUUUCCACAGUAUCUACAGCUUCAGUGCCCUACACGCCAUCCACCUCCACCAGUGGACACUCGGCUACCCACCUUUUUCCCUGCCCCGCUGCACCAUCUCUAAACUGCCUGCCCAGUUCUCCUCCAUGGCCUCCCUCCCCAUGUUCCCUCACCUCCUGCAGUCCAAGCAUGAAUCAGCGGGACUGCUGCAGAGCUCCAAGAACAAGCCCCGCUUUGACUUUGCCAACCUGGCAGCUGCAGCCACUCAGGAGGAUCAUCUGAAGGCAGAAGACCUGAGCAUGACGGGUGCCGCCGCCGCAGCAGCAGCACAGGCUUCAGCUCACCAUCCGACAGCCAGCCUUGCAUGCCUCCUGGAUGUUACCAAACUCUCCUCACCGGAGCGCAAGUCCAGCAGAGGCCGACUGCCCUCAAAGACCAAGAAAGAAUUUGUCUGCAAAUUCUGUGGCCGCCAUUUUACCAAAUCCUACAACCUUUUGAUCCACGAGAGGACACAUACGGACGAGAGGCCAUAUACCUGUGAUAUCUGCCACAAGGCCUUCAGAAGACAGGACCAUCUCCGGGACCACAGGUACAUCCAUUCCAAAGAAAAGCCCUUCAAAUGUCAGGAGUGUGGGAAGGGCUUCUGUCAGUCCAGGACUCUGGCUGUCCACAAAACAUUACACAUGCAGGUCAAGGAACUGAAGCCAGCCAAGAUCAAGUGAUCACUCUGCCAGCAGGGAAGGGACGGGGACACUGGAAAAAUAUGACCAAAGACAACAGUCGGAGAACAACCAAAGACGUAUUCAUCUCAGCUGUUUCUGUGGGAAUACUCAUCAACCAUUUCACCAGCCAGUUCUUAAUGGAAUAAUGCAGAAACACUGUAUGCCUUACUGGAUAAGUGUAUGCUUAGUUAUCAAAGCUUGACUUUUCAAUGGAUGUGUAAAAUGUGAAAUGGAAAAAAAAACACGUGUGGCUGCUCAGUGAAAUGAUUUGCUCAGAAGCUUAUAAUCCCAAAACUUUUUUUUUUUUAAAGGGACACAACUGUUAUGCAAUUAAUUUUUUUUAUAACUAUUGAGAAUAAUCAAGCCAUGUUAAUACAUUUUUCUCCUUUUCAAUAUCACACCCUAAUGUUAUUUUUGUACAGAUGCAUUAUAUAAAAAAUGUAUUUUUGCACUUUAACCUGAUAAUUGAUUAUUUACAUAUAUCACUGGAUUUCUUAAACCUAUUUUCAAAACAAAUAAUUUCAAAAUAAAAUAUUUUACUGU